AUGAUCGAGAUAACCACCAUCGGAGUGGUGGGUGGCGGCCAAAUGGGCUCCGGAAUAGCCCAAGUCGCCGCCGUGCACGGCUUAGACGUUUGGCUUCACGACACCGACGCCGAUGCUCUCACCAGAGCCCAAAAUCAAUAUCCACUAAUAUUCAGCGGCUCGUCUCCAAACGUCAACUCUCUCAGGUCCA